AUGCCUAAAUGGCCAUCUACAAAGAAAACCCCUACAUAUUCAUUCCCACCAGAUACACGCAAAUACAUUCUAAAUCCAAUCAAAGAUGCUACUAAACAAUGGGCUAAAGUAACGUAUUUCAAGUUCACACGUACUACAACUUAUGAUGAGACUGAUAUCAAGAUCAGCUUUCAGUUCAAGGACCAUGGAGACUGGGAGCCGUUCGAUGGGCCUCUAGGGAUUUCGGCACAUGCCUCUGCACCAACUGAGGGUAGACUCAACUUUAAUGGAGAUAAGAGGUGGAUAAAUGGUGUUGCACCAGAUGAAUUUGAUCUGGAGACAGUUGAGAUGCAUGAACUAGAACAUAUUCUUGGAUUUGGGCACAACAGCGAGGCUGAUGCUCUCAUGUACCCCAAUAUUCCACCAGGAAUAAGAAAGAAGUUGGGGCAAGAUGACAUUGAAGGGAUCAAAGCUCUAUAUCAAACCUAA